AUCUCCUGUUGCUGCCUGGACAGUUUUACCCACUACUUUGAAUCGUCAAGACAACCUUAAAGCCUGCCGGUGUUUAAGCCUGGGGCACCUCUACUACAGGUGCCCCAAUAUGAGCAAACCUAGGCUCUCGGUCGCUAGUGCUGUAGUUUUAAGAAACGUUACUUGCCAUGCGGGCCCAAUUUCAAAUUGGGUCUUGCGGUCGGGCAGAAGCUUUGUCGCGGACUGGAAGGGACUAGCUGCCAACCUCGUGGACGGAGACAUUGAGGAAGCAUGCAACGCCGUUGUCGCGAAGCGCCCCCGAUUGGGAAGAAGCCACGAUGUCGCGUCCGGCAGCCGCCGAAGCACCGGGCUGGGACAGGAGGAGAACACAGUCAACGUUGUCGGCCAACAAAGCAGCACCCUGGCUUACGGAUGGCGUCCUGGAGAAGUUUGGAACAAGGAGCAAUUGGAGUUGCUGGUGCAAUAUGUGGCGUCCCUUCCCCCCGGUCAGCCAUCUCACGGCCGUGAGGGAGUGGCGCGGCUGGGCUGGGCGGAGCUGCCCGACCCUGAUGGUGCAAUCCGUAGGAGGGUCCAACACAAGUUAGCUAGGGUCCGGAAUCAAGUGGCCAACGGCGCAGACCCUUUUGCAGGCCGGGUGAUGACUAUUGUUGCGGCCCGUGGAACCUAUAAUUGGAGGGAUUGGUCGCGUCGGGCCCUUUUACUGAUGCCAAAUCAUGAGGGUACCCUAGACGACCUUGCCGCCUUCCUACAAUCGGACCCCGACAUCACUCCAUUGCUGGAUCAUCGGCCACAUCCCAUGUACCGGGCAGUUCCACGGUGGAAACUAAACUUGACACGCGCCAUUGCGAGGUAUCCCGAGAUCAUCAACACCGGCCAAAAGCGAGGUCGUUUGGUGGUGUAUCGCUAUGACGACGAGGUCGCACGUCAGCUGCCGGGAGGCAGGGGCCCCAAGGCGCCCAAGAAGGGGCAGAAGGGGGUGACGCACAUGGGCAAGAAGAACAAGUCCGGUACCAUCGGCCAACGCCCUUGGGCAAUUGUGACGCCCACACACGUCUGGGCAGAACACGCAGGGAGCAGCAUGUGCGGGCGGGAGCAGCAUCACUGGGGGGGGGUCGGAGUUGGUUGGGGUACCGCGGUGGAUACCGUAUGGCAGGGCAUGCGGCCGGGAGGAGCCGCAGGUGUGCACUGAGGGCCUGGGCAGGCUGGGUGGGCUGGUAUCUGCAUUGCAUGGUGGGGGGCUCCUGUCGUACGGUGCCGAGUGCAAUGCCCUGGACUCCCCCCCCCACCCUGGUGGUCACACAGCUCAUUAGUUGCCUCGUCAGUUCUCCCCCCCCCCUGAUGGUGCCGCUUCACGACAGGGGCUACGCCCAAAAAGGGGGGCAGAAAGUGAUAGUGGACCUCAUGUUGGGUGUGGGUUGGGGCGUAGGUGGUGGGAGGCGCAGGAUUGGCUUUCUUGGAGUGUAGGAGACAGUGAAGUGGCAGCAGCAGCUUGAGAGUAGGAAGGUUAGGAACAGUAGGUAAGGGAGGCGUAAGGAGUUGUUCAGAAAGCUUCUUGGACUGCUCAACUGCUGGUGCCAGGCGCCCUGUGAGGCCUCCGGGGCCUCGUUGUACCCCUAGUGACACCCCGGCAAGUUCUCCCGUACACUUCUUCCGACCCGAACACUUCUCCC